AUUUAGGAGAGAGAGACGAGAGGGGGACGGUGGAGGAGGAGGAGGAGAGCUCUUCUCGGACUUUUUGACGCUUUUAGUCGCUCCUGGUUGAUGCUCGUAGGAAAUUGACCUACAGGGAUGAGGAGGCAGAGGUCGUAGACGACGAGCUGUUGCUCCACAAACCCAGAAGGUUCGACCCGGAGGACCGGAACAAGCAUGAAGUCCACGAGUCAGGACCAGAGUUUGUCUGACUCCAGAGAGCUGGACAGAUCUUAUGACCCUCUCACAGGUAAAAUACACCUUUAUCAUCUUUGUUUGUUUGCUGACCUGUCUCUUAAAAACUUUGCUUUGGUUUUCUACAAGAAUUUGAAGUUUAUUUGAACAUGUAAAAAUAAUAAUAAUAAAGUAAAAAAUACAACAGCAACUGACAGAAAGUGAUUCAUGUUCAAAAAGGAGUGGAAAGAAGUCCAGACUUAUCUAUUCUCACCCCCUCUCCUACACUAAUGGUUUAAAUAUAUCAUAAUAUUAUAUAAUAAUAUUAAUCAUUAUAAUAAUAAUAGCAAUAAGAAUAAUCACCACUGUGAAAAUAACAAAACAACAACCUUAAGACCUUAAAACAGGUAGACUUAGUGGAGGACUAAAGCUGACUGAUGGGUAAAUGAUGUUUGACUUAUAGGAGAAAAAAAGAAGUCGUCUCAAACAUCAUAUUUAUUCUUCUUCUGUGGCCUAACAGUUUGUGCAAAUGUGAAUACUACACACCACAGCUUCUCUGUUACUUCAUUUAGCCAGCAUUGUAAUCUCUAAGAAACUUUGAAUGCAGAAAGUUAAUCUCAUAUAAUAAUAAUAAUACAUUUCAUUUAUAUUGUGCUUUACAUCUGAGAAAACAGAUCUCAAAGUUAAUACAGUGAAAGGCAACAGUAAAAACAAUCAAUAAAAGAACGACAGAAUUUAAAAUCAGGCUUUUUCUAAAAAUGAGGGUCUUCAAGUCCUUUUUUAAAAACAUCUUUCGUCUGUGGAGCUCUGAGGUGGUCAGGAGGGGCGUUCCACAGACGUGGAGCAGUAGCCUCAAAGGCCCUGUCACCCAUGCUCUUGAGCCGAGUUCUGGGUGGGCGUAAGACUCCACCACUAGAUAACUAAUUCACAGUUUUGAAACCCUUUAAAAUGUAAAAGAACCGGAGGAACGUGUGUAAAUGUCUCUAAAAGCAGCCUCUUCCUAUCACCCACGGGUUAGAAGCAGAAAGACUUCUGUUUUAGGUUGGAGCCGGAGUGCAUCCUUUUCAGUAUGAUUAAUGCUUUUGUGUUGAAUAUUGGGCAAACAUCUGGCAGUAAGAACAGAUGGUUGAAUCCUGUCUUUAGUAGGAGGUGGAACAGCGCACCGUGCUUCAUGGAGGUUACAUUAACCUUUUAUUAAGAACAUAAAUAACUGAAACAGUGAUUUAUUAAUUAUUGGCCGACAGUUUCUAGUGACAACUUUUAAUAUCUAAGGAUAUUUUUCCUUUUUCUUUCUAAAGGGGCGAAAUUUAUUCUAUUUCAAGAGUUAACUUUGAACUAGCGAUGAGCCAAUACUUUUUUUUCUGAUACCUAGGCUGAGCGUAUCGGCCGAUAUCCAAUACCGAUCCAAUACUACUGUUGAAUAAAUGAACUGUAUACUAGAGGAUGACAUUUUUCGGUAAUUCCCGUGGGUCACGUGAUUUCCGCGGGAAUCCCACGGGAUCGGAGUCAUGUUUUAAUUAAUCCCGUGAUCAGGACGGGACGGGGAAAAAAGCAACGGGAGCAGGCAGGAGCGGGAACAACAUUAAUAGAUGAUCAUUACAGCCGUGUUCAACAACCAGAUGAACAGAUGCGUCCAUUUUUGUACUCAUCUCUCAGUGAGAGCCAACACUCUUGACCGCGCUAGCAACACAAAAGAACUACAACAGUGGUUUGACUUCCUGUCAGCUGUUAGCGCGGCUGAGCAUUUCUACCCUUCAAGCCAGGAGCACGGAUACGUCAUUUUGUGACAUUCUGUAGUAAUUUUGAGUGGGAGCAGGGUGGGAGUCAUUCGGGACGGGACGGGAUUUUUUCUCUGGGAGUGGGACGGGACAGGAGUGAAAAUCCGCUCCCGUGUCAUGCUCUACUGUAUACCUUGCCCUUGAGUGAAGACAUCAGGCUUGAUAUUCACCUUGUUAAAAAAAAAAGGUGACAAAUUAACACAGAUAUAAAUUGACUUAAUAUCCUUACUAACAAAUAACAAAUUGCACUUUAGCACACAGCAAAAAGAAGUAAGACUUCCAUGUAGUAAAAGAAAAAUUCAUCAGAUAUCCGAUCCAGUUAAUUUGUCAAUAUUGGAGCCGAUAUCCGAUCCAAAUAUCGGAUUGGUGGAUCCCUACUUUGAACUGAUGAUACAGAAAAAUCGUGACUUGCAGCUCUUAAUACAUCAGAUGUGAGAAUUGUGAGGUUUUAAUUCUGACCUCAGUGUCCUCUCUCUCUCUCUCUCUCUCUCUCUCUCUCUCUCUCUCUCACACACACACACACUAUCACACACACCUCAUGCCUUUUGCUGUCAUUUUUGUGACAACUUCCCGAAAUAGUCUUUUCUUUUAAACAUGACGGUAUAAAUGUUUAAAAAUAACUCCCGGCACACUCUGUUGUUAGUUAUAGUUUAGGACAGAUGGUAGAAAGACUGUGGUUCAUGUUCUGGCUGUUGAGCUGCACAAAAGGCGUAUCUGUGAUAUCCAUUCAGCAGCAGGUUAACCAAACAGUGAACAGGUGCAUGAACACUGAGGCUUCAGGGGGCGUUCAAGAGACACAAACAGACCUUUUUAUUAAAGAGUGAACCACAGGGGCGCUGUGAUGUUCAACAGCCCGAGGCGCAAACUGUGUAAGUGCAGAGCCUUUAGUGUUCACCUCUAUUGUUAUUUCAAACAAACACCCUGCACUCGUAGUAAACGCGUCAAAGGUUAGAAAAACACUGCUUAUGGAAAAACAUGUUGAAAGGUACAUUUUAAAGAUUUAUCAGCCACAUAAAAACACAUCGAGACGCAGCAGAAAAUGCUCUUUAUGUGCGGCGACUCAGCUGUACAGCUGCAGAAACCUCUUGUUGUUUACUCCUGACCAUCUUCAUACAUUAUAGAUGGAGGAUCUUUUUCAUGUCAUCACUUUCUACACUAGACUUCACAUGUUACAGUGACCCUGACUGACUGACUGCUGCGGCUGCUGUGCUGCAGCUGGACUGAUCUGGAGAUACUUAUCUAACAGUAAAGCUAGCGGACAGUUUGGCAUAAAGACUGGAAACAGUUAGCCGGGUUUUACAUGGGGACCUGAAACACUUAGUGUAGUGACAGGAACUGAAGGAAAGAAGGAGAAAGUAAACUCAGCUCAGCUUUAAGAAUAGAGACAGUCAGCCUGACUUUGUAUAAAGACCAGAGACAGAAAGUUUUGCUCUCCAUAGAGACAAGAAACAGUUGGCUUAAGGUACAGACUUUAAAUAUUUAAUGGAGUUCUGCAUUAAGACUGGAAACACUUAGCUUACUUUGGCAUUAUGACCAAAACCUGUUUGUGCUGCAUUAGGACUGGAAUUAAGAUGAGCUGAUAGCUCGGCAAAUAAAUUUCAAACAGUUAACCAGGCUGAGCACAAAGACGUGAUAUAGUCAGCCUAGCUUUGCAGAAAAGUCCAUGAAAAACUAAACCUACAGAGAGCUGUGCGUCUUUAGGGGUUCCCACAUAUACCCAAUGACAUUGUCUAACUCAUGGUAAAUCCAUCACAGUCUGUUUGGUGAAGUUUUUAAAGAUGUGUUUUAGGGCUGCAUGAUUGUGACCAAAAAUUAAAUCCCGUUUUUUCUCCGUAAACUCGCAUUUCGAUUACGAUUUUUUUAUUCAGGGACAACUUCACAAAAACUUUACUUUAAAAAUAAAAUGUUUUUCUAUCAUCUCUCAAAACAAAACCACUGAAAACAAUGUAGUGCAUAAGCCAAGCCAGUAAGUGGCGCUGUAAAGGUCCUUACACACCAGGACUGACACAAAUAUAAGACGUGAAUUUACGAAAUAUUCGGAGGCGAAUUUUCACGUGCCUGGCUAUAAACAUCGAGCCCGAUGUGAUUUUGCGACUUUCCGGGGGGGAAAAGACGCAUCUCAGGUGGAAGCGAGAAGAAUGACACAACAGCAGAUUGAAUCAUGCAGCCCUAAGAUGUUUAAAAAAACUCUAUAGUUAGGAUGAAAUGGAGCUUUGGUUCCGGCCUGGAGCAGUUUUUGUAGCUUGCUCUGUAAUAAGGCAUCGUCAUGCUUUUGAAUCAUCACUUUGCACACAUUGAAAAAACUUAGUUCAACAUCCACCUCAGAGACUCUCUGGGGUCACUUUUUGGUACCGAACAGAGACAUGAGGCUGUUCCCUCCUGCUGGUUGCAGGUCCAUGUUCAUUGUGACUGACAGGAGUUUAUAAUCACUCCUCCCUCUAAACCUUUUAACAGGAAAUCAAACUUUAUUGUGUCUGACCGAAUCAUAUUUUAGUGGUUUAUGGUUUUAAUGCUGAGUCUGCAGAUUUGUAGAGAUGACAUUUUUAAGUGAAUGUUGUCUGCGCUGGUGUGACAGAGUCUGCCUGCAGAAUCACUGGAGCAGCCUUCUCAGUAUUUGUUUGUAUUCACUCUCGUGGAUUUCAUGUCAUGAUAUCAUUGUAGAGGCUCAUGGACGUUUUUCUCUAAUGCACAGAAACUUAUUACUGAUAAGGUAAAUAUUUUUAUUUAUGUAAUAUAAUUACUCUGUAGAUUUUAAAUUCAAAGCCCUCCAGCAGCAAACAGACAUCAUGUUAAAUGUGCCAAGUGGAUUUGGUUGUGGGCUAAACUGACGUUUUAAGACCAAUGUUGUAUAACAAAACACUGAUGCAGAUCCAACAGAAGUGAGGAGGUGACGUCUCUGUCUGUGCGAGGUCACAGGAGGUGAAAUAAUUUCACGAAAUAAACCUCCGUCAGCUUUACCUGGAAACUCAUGAUGUAAGUGGAAGAGGAAGAUUGUGUAAACUGUCAUAUUUUGGUGAGUGCGUGCGUGUUCGUCUGCGUCCAGUUUGAAUCAGACUGAUGUCCGUAAUCUGAGGCAUGUCCUCUUGAGGAUUAUGGUAAGAGCGGAGGCUGUUGCCCGGGCAACGUUAGCUUACAAACAUUUAUUUGGAUCUGCGUGACCCUGCUUGAGCUGCCAUGACCCUGCAGUUGAUGCGAGUUCUUCCAGUCAACCAGGAAUGGUUUGAUUUAAGCUCAGAAUAAUGAAACAUCGUAUACUAAAGGGUGCUUACAACUAUUGUGCAAUCUUUUGAGAGGUUUAUUUGUAACAAACGUUUCUCUUUCUACUGAUUCUACUGAGUUUUCCCUCUUUCACUCUCUGCCUGUGAACCAGUGCUCACCUUUUUAUUGCUUUGAAUACUUGAUAAGGUCUCUGUGUCACACACAACUCUGAAUCAUGUUUGAUAAUAUUUAUUUUGGAGGGACACAACUCCACUUUUAUUUAAAGCUUCUGUGAGGAACUCUCGGUUCGUGUCCAAUUUGGUGCCCCCUGUUGACAGAGCAGUCUUCACUUAUUUUAUUGUCUAAGUGCUCAUCCAGUGAUUCUCAUCCUGCUGACAUUUGACAGAGAAACAAGAUUUUUUCAUGAAUGUUUUAGGUGUAAAUUGUUAAAUAACUGUUGGCUGUUUCUGCAGCUGUUAGGCGGACAGCUUCCCACCCUUAACAGCAGCCAAUCCUGUGGCUGAUGGCCUUGUUUGCUUUUAGAUAUCAUAGAAAUGCAAUAAUGUAGAGCUGCAGAUAUCGAAUAUUUUAGUAUUCCAUUGAUUACUCGAGUAAUUGGACCCAAACGGCAGACUCACAUAAAGUUAGAUUUCCUAAAGCCCCGCCAUGAAGGCCAGACUCGGAGAAAUAGAGGACAAUUGCGGAACAAGCGCGAAAAGUCGCCAAAGUCACUAGGUUGGCAACACUGCAAGAAAAGCCCCUCUCAUCAUUUAUUUUUUCCGCUCUUCAAAACCUAAACAGCACGUACUCCUCCUUCUACCCUGGUGACGUAAGCGCCUUGUGUCACCUUCGAAAGAAUCCGUGCGAAACAGUGACGAUUUGAGCUUUUAAACGAGAACUUGAGGCAGAGAAAAUUCCUCGAUCGUUAUUUGUAAUCAAGGUACUCGAGGUAUUCGAGGAAUCGUUUCAGCCCUACGAUAAUAUACAUUUCAGUCUCAGAGGAGCUUUAAAUGGCCUUCAUGAUUAGUUUUUUCCCUCGUGUUUUUUUCUGAAUGUCAGAAACCUUCCUAUUGUACUUGACUGAAGCUGAUGGGUUCGUACAGUAGCCCACAAAUGCAAACACACUGCGACUACUCAAACGAUUUCCUUAAUGAGGUGCAGGCUGCAGAUUUCCAUCUACACUUGUUCUCAUAUAAAAUCAAUAUCCCACUGUGGUAUCCUGGCUGACCGCAGAGCUAAUAGCUGCAGCAGCUAACUGAACAGGAGAUACUGGAACAAAUCUUGAUGCCUGUCACAAACUAUUCGAGCUCAGGUGAGUAUUUCAAAGAUGUUUAAAGUAGUGUUUCUUUACAGCAGUCAGGCAUGGCCAAAGCAGGUUGAAGGUUUAUUCUAGUGGCUCUAAAAAUGAACUGAGACUCAACGAUGAUACUGGAGUCUGCCAAAUCUAUCAAAACGAUCAGGUCAAAGAUCACUACAGAGGAUAUACCUCCAAACACGUAUGAAUUUCUAGCUGAAAUGUCUGCACUGGUGGAUCUAUGCUGAAGGUUAGGAUGAGAAAGAGUCUGUUAAUGUUACGAGCAGCAUUAACAAGAGUAUUGAUUGCUCUCAAUCAAAGUCGCCCUCAGGGUCUCCGGGGCUGAGGAAAGGCUGCUGAGAACCUGUUGAAGUAACCGCUGAGUCAGUAAACCCCUUAGAUGUUCAGCGUUCAGCUUGUACUGUAGGACGUUUAAAUGUUACGUAACAUAAAGUGAACAUUUUUAAGGAGUUUGCUGAACAGUGUUGAUGAAAUCCUUCAUGUUUAAUAUCUUAUAUAACUAAUACAAUCAGCUGGAACAAUGCUGAACACUUCUAAGCCGUUUGCUCUCUUCGAAUAUACAACCUCCUCUCCUGUUUUUCUGCUGGAUUACUCGGCAAACAUGUCCCAUCACUCAGACCCUUUCAGAAAGCCUGACAGUGACAAAUAUAUCAGUGAUCGAUGACCUGCUCAUUCUCAUGUCUAAAAAUAUCUGUUAUCGUCGUCUCUUUGAAAAACUGAUCACCGUUUUAAAAAAAGCAUCUUCUAGUUUUUUUAUAGCUUCGUUUUCUCUUUGACGCUGACUGAUCUGUGUCAGCGUCAGUGCGUGUUUGUGCGUGUGCGAGAGUGUGUACAGGAGGCGCCCUGUAAAGCUUUAUUUGUUUUUCCAGAGCUGUGCAGCUGCUCUGCUGGAUAGUUUGAUUGACAUAUCCUAUGUAGAAACAGGGUGGCAACUGGUUUCAUGUCGCAAAAUGAGCCAAUACCUCUCUUUAUUCGUGCUUAAUCAAAGAGAAUACAUGCACACGUCUGCAAAGUUGAUUUUGCGUAAAGGAAUACAAAAUUUUUUAUUAAUUUGGAGUAAAUAAUUUGAUUUUUAUUUGAACUCAGUACACAAUCCCUGUUUAACAAUUCUCCAGCUUUUCAUCGCGACUGUUCCAGAGAUUUCUCAGGUGUGUGGAUGAGUUUCAUUAAACAUAUAACUAUAAUUAUAGCUGCUGAUCACCAUGAACAAAUUUAUGCUCAUUUAACACUGGCGAUAAAAACUACCAAUCAAAGGAUGCACACUUUCACGCUUGACAAUAUGUCACAUUAUGAGCAAUUCACCGAUUUUUAAAAGGAAAGCAGAUGUAAGUUAAUGUUAUUUUGACUCUUAAUCAGCAUCAGAUUACUCAACUGUCAGUGUUUGUGUCCUUAAAUGCUCUGUGUGGCUUUCUGUCUGUGGAUUUGUUUUGCUUUUCUCUGAUUGACCGGUCUUAAAACUGAUUAAACUGCAACACUGCCCUCUGCUGGAAGAAAGGAAACACAUACGUUAUGACCCAUCUAGGGGUGGCAAGGACACAACCUGACAGUGGAUCCAUUUAUUUGGUGGUUGUGCCUGUUUUUGUGUGCUCUCUGUUCAGCUGCAGCUUGUUUGAGGAUCAGCACCUGGAACCAUAGUACCAGUGCUGUUUCAGAUACAAACACAUGGAGCGCACUGUUAUUGUACUCUCUUUGGAUUUAUUGCUGGUGUUUCUGCCCUGAUCCAACUCAAAACAUCCCUUUUUCUUUUGAAAUCAUUUCUUUUUACAUGAUCAUUAAUCAUCCUUCAGACUUACACUCUUAAUUGAAUCAUUGUUGGCAGCUAAACUGGUGUUAAACUCAUUUAAUUGUCUAUCUUCUAAAAAAUCUCACUUUCUCGUUAAGUUAUGAUUAUGAAAAAUCCCUCCUUUAAUGAUGUACCUUAAACCCACAAACAUCAAAUCUAGGGCUGGGCGAUAUGGCCUCAAAUCAUUAUUACGAUAUAUUGAGCAUAUCACCUCGAAAACGAUAAAUGGGCGAUAACCACUCUACAAGCUGCUUCAUCUACUUCACACACCGCUCCAGCCGCAACAACUUUUGAACCGUCCUCCAUCUCCUCACCUGUCUUUCCCUCUUUGUUAUGGACUGGAUGAGGUGGAGUCACGUCUCUGAUGUAGGACAGCGUCUUAAAGGGACAUGAGACCAUAGCCUACCUACACACAUCCAAAACCAACUUUUAUUGAUUUAUUUUUUUGACACCGAAUAUAUUGACAAUGACGUUGGUUAUUGUCGUAAAUUUUGGUAUCAGCAAAUUUUCGGUUUAUCGCCCAGCCCUAGAGAAAACCAUAUAUGAACCUCUUCUGCAAAUGCUCGGGACUUCUCAGGGUCUGCAGCCAUUUCAGAUGGACUGAGGUGAAUUGGAGAGCACUCCUGUGGUCCACAAGACAGACCACCAAUGUUGCUGUUUUUUGCAUUAUUUUAAAUAUUGGGUUUUUACGAUUUACAAUUUUACCUCAUUUAACUCAGAGUCCUGAUUAUUUUGGCAUUCAGGUCGUAGGACUGAGUCAACAUUUCAUCACUCUCGUGUUCAUUUGUAGCACUUCAUUGUCAAGUUCAGUCUCUGCAACACAGACAUCAUAAAUUCUGAGAAUUGUUAAUUCAGUUCUGUUGACAUGGGCGAAUUGACAUUGGUUAUUGUCGUAAAUUUCAGUAUUGAUACAUUUUCAGUUUAUAGCCCAGCCCUAAUCAAACCCAAACAAUGAUAGACCUUCAAAUGUGCUCGGUGGGUAACCUUCAGUCCUGUGUUUUAAACUCAGCUCUGACUUUUUUAUCUGACGGGUCACACUGGUCCAAAAUCAGAUCUGCAAACUGAAGUUUCAUGAAAGAGUGAAUCAAAGUAUCUGAGUGCAGAUUUUCCUGUGAUUUAACCUGCUGCUCUCUGACCUGUUUCCAGGUAAUCCAGCAUCAAAACCUCAUAAAAAGAGCAUCAAGCAGCGCUUCCUCAAACUUCUCCCCUGCUAUCGCUCCAGCUCCAGCUCUUCAGUAGGUCAAAGUAAGUAACACAACACACAGUCCAUCAUGAGCAGUGUUUCAUGUGCACUGUGGGGUAUCACGUUAUCUAUCUCAUGUCUUUCUGUCCUUGCAGAGAGUUUGACAGAGGAUAGUGAGCUGGCCACACUGAGUUACAGACCUGAGGGGAUCGACCGUCUUGUACAGCAGACCAGCUUCAGCAGGAAGGAGCUGCAGGUCCUCUACCGGGGAUUCAAAAACGUCAGUCAGAGAUUCCUGAUGAGUCUCUUUUCAAGUCCUUUUCACGUCUGUGUGUGUAAACCGGGACUGUUUACAUUAUCUGUAACUUUCAGUAAAGUUUGUGUUCAUGUGUUGUUCCUCCCCGCAGGAGUGUCCCAGUGGUGUGGUGAAUGAAGAGACUUUUAAAAGCAUCUACUCGCAGUUCUUCCCUCACGGAGGUCAGUCCUUCACACACACUGGAAACAUAUCUGUUCCUGAAACUAACAUUAACAAAGUCACUGUUUCACUGAGUCUUUUUGGAGACAUGAUGACUGACACUUUUUCUCUCUCUGUCAGAUUCAAGUAUGUACGCACAUUUCCUCUUCGAGGCUUUUGACACUCACAACAACGGGGCGGUCAAUUUUGAGGUGAUUUUUUCCCAUCCAUCAUUUUCUGCUGCUGUUACUUUUUUUUUUUCCUUCUGUGAAGUGUGUUGAAAACUUUGACAGUAUAUGGAGGAGGAGUAGGGCCACCAACACAAUGAAAAAACAGUUUUUUUUUCAACUAACUUUUUUUUCUCAGAACACAGAAUUUAAUCUUAAAAUUCUGAUUUCCCCCACCCCCCUAUAAUUCAGAUUUUGUUUUCUUGAAACCAUGACUAUUUUAUUUGGGGAUUGUGACAUUUUCCGCAUAAUUCUAAUUGUAAUAUUUUUGUAAUUGUGAUUGUAAAAUCACAAUUCUAAUCAUAAUCAUAUCUUUUUUUCUCAUAAUUUUGACUGAAAUUUAAUAUUUCUGUCUUUUUUUCUCAUCGUUUUGACUUAAAUUUUAUAAGUCUGACUUUUUUUUCUCAUAAUUCAGAUUUUUUUUUCUCAGAAGUCUGACUUUUUUGAAAUUCUAACAUUGUCCCAAUAAUUCUAAUGAUAAUCCCACAAUUCUUACUUAUUUUUCUCAGAAGAUUGACUUUUUUCUCCCUUAAUUCUGAGCUCAUAAACAUAAUUCUGACUUUAAUUUCAUGAUUUUUUCUCAGAAUAACAACCUUUUUUAUGAUUCUGACUUUUUUCAAGGAAUAAUGUAUUUUAUCAUAUUAUGUUGACUUUUUGAUAUCAUAAUUCUGACUGUGAGCUCAUGAUUCUGACAUUUUUUAAAAUCACAAUUAUGAUGUUUUCAUGAGAAUUAGAAGGGGGAAAAAAGUUCUGACCUAAUUUUUAUUUAUUUAUUUAUUUAUUUAAAGGCCUGUAACUAUCACACGAAGUCAGGUUGUAAAAAAAUAUCUGAACUCCCAAAACACUUCAGAUUAAACCCCAGCACGGUACAGGUUAUUAAAAUUUACCAAAGAGUGAUCGUCUUUAUAAACACUGAGCUGUAACAUUUACCUCACACCACUGAAUCAUUCACAGUAAAUACCACCAAACACACCGACUUAAACCACUGAAGUCACAGCAGUCCUCUUGCUCUCUCUGUCCUUUCUGAUUCUUCUGUUGUUAUGGCGAUACUGUCCAGAUCUCCGUGAUGACUCUGUGUCUCUCCUGCUGUAGGACUUUGUUUUGAGUCUGUCCAUCAUACUGAGAGGCUCCAUCACUGAUAAACUGAACUGGGCCUUUAAUCUGUAUGAUCUGAACAAAGACGGCUGCAUCACCAGAGAGGUACUUAAACCAUUUCCCUCUUUGUCUCUGCGCUUGUAUCUUUUAUUUCUAAUUUGUUGAAUUACUUCUCCCUCAUUUCCUCUGUGUGUGUGUGUGUGUACAGGAGAUGACAGAUAUCAUGAACUCCAUCUACGACAUGAUGGGGAAGUAUACCUACCCCAACAUGAAGGAUAGUGCUCCUAAAGAUCAUGUAGACAACUUCUUCCAGGUAAAACACACGAAUCUGUCAGGUGUGCUCUGAAACCUGAAACCUGAAACGCCAGUUUAAUUUGCUUUUCUACCAGGUUCUCGAGUUUAAUUGGAGUUCAGCAAUAAGACAAUUCAAAGAGCUAAAUGUAGACAUUAGAAGAACCAUGGAGACGUAUUAAAAUAAAUGUGAUCUUAUCUGUGUGUUUUGUUUUCCAGAAAAUGGACAAGAACAGGGACGGGGUGGUCACCAUCGAGGAGUUCCUGGAGACAUGUCAAAAGGUUUCCUGCGUUCAUAUUUUCAGACCAUCUUCCAAAACCACAUUCAUAAACCAGAUAAAAUCUCCACUUUAAUCUGUGGCUCUGUCAGGAAUUUAACUUUGUCCCGAUGUUUCUUCUUCCAGGACGAAAACAUCAUGCAGUCCAUGCACAUGUUUGAAAAUGUGAUCUAAGGUUUUUGGUGGACACACACGUCAGAUUUUCAUCUGUAGUUUUCAGCCCCAAACCAGAGUGGACGGAGUUUAACAGGAGCAGAAACUUAAACACGAUAUCCACCCCUGAAACCACUUCUUUGAUCCUUUUAAAUCAAGGUUUGUUGUUUGGGAAUAAGUCGGAGGAGCUGUUGUUUUAAGGUGUUUUAUCAUGAUGGAUGAACCAGUUUGAAGACGCAUGUUCACUGCGGUUAAAAAGCAGCUCUUAAAACACGGUUAAUAAAUGAAGAGAUUCUCAAAAAAAGAGGCAGUUUAGUACCGUGGCCUCCGUACUCGACUAAAUGAAAGCUAUAAACCAUCUUAUUUUCCUGUAAUGCAUGAAUGAAUGUGCAGACACAUGAGGAAAGCUGAAAAUGCUGAAUUUGUUUUGGAGUUUUAAACUCUUUCUGUACGAAAAGUCAUGUUGACAUUGAGAGGAAGGCUCAACUUUACAGGAAUGUUAUCAACAACUCUUUGCUGCCCUCUCCUGUUUAUUAUAACACUGUGUAUGACGUGUCUGCAUGAUGUGUUUGUUCGACUGGCCAUUAAAAUGUGAAACCUUAGUCUACAUAUAUUUUCUAUAUGGACAUAAAAACAGUGAAGAUGAAUAAAAACAACACAAACUCUUUUCUUUAGUUUGUCAGUUUUGUUU